AUGAUGACGUGGGACCAGUGGUCUACUUCCAUCCGCUCCAAGGUCCUGAGCACUUGGAAUCUCCAUUCAGAGCUCCCUCGCGGUCUCUCAUUCUUCAUCAUCCUAUCGUCCGUGGCCGGCGUUGCUGGAUCGUUAGGACAAGCCAACUAUGCAGCUGGAAACACGUAUCAAGAUGGACUUACCGCGCAUAGACUGGCUCUCGGUGAGAAAGCUAUAUCAAUAGAUCUCGGGUGGAUGGGCGAUGUGGGCGUAAUAGCUGAGAACGCAGGCUUGGCUAAAGGCAAGGAGGCAGCCGGCGACCUUGCUCCCAUUUUUGAAACUGAGUUUCUGGCACUACUCGAUCGCUACUGCAACCCAGACCUGGACAUCCAGACACCUGAAGAGGCGCAGGUGGUGAUGGGUCUGGUGACACCUGCGCAAAUCAGGAGCAAAGGCAUCGUACCCCCGGACUGGCUUCUCGAUCGGCCACUUCUUAGGGCACUGCCGAGGUACCCUGAUGAGGAUAGAAACGGCUACGCCGACUCCAAGUCCACGACGUUCGAUCGAGAUUGGGCGGAUGAGUUUGUUCGGGCCCCUUCGAAAGCUGAGGCUACUGAUAUUGUGACCGAGGCGCUGAUACAAAAGCUCUCCAAGGCGAUCGCCAUCGCGCCCGAGGAGAUUAAUCAAAAUAAGCCUUUACAUACCUAUGGCGUUGACUCGUUACUGGCCGUGGAGAUCCGAUCCUGGUUUGGAAAGACUUUCAAGGCAGACAUUCCGAUAUUUGAUAUUACUGGGCAAGGAAGUCUGUUGAAACUAGCAGAGGGUGCGGUUGUUCAAAGCACGUUGUUGGCCAGGGGCAAAGAAAGCGGGUGAUUGAAAUCUAGACUUCUUUAAUAGACUAUACAAUUAACAGACUAGCUAUCCUAUGAUCUCAUUUAGUCAAAUCUCGAUCUUCAACCCAAGAAUUGUAAAAAAAAUGAUCAAACUCUCCUAAAUCUUUGGCCAAUGCCAGGAAAAGGUGGCAAGCCAAGCCCAGGUUGGACUUCCCGUCGCCGAUCUGUUUUAGUCAAAGCGCGUUUUCAGUGGCGGCGAAGCUACGAAAGAUCGCCAAGAGUAAACAAACUGACGUCAAGGUUGAGAUCAUUGAUUGAUUGACCCUGUAGACUAUUGACAUCAUUAAUGUUUUCACCUUGACAUAGAGUGAGCCUGGUAUAAAGUAUGGGCAUGCCGAGGGGAAGAAGCUGCCUUGAUUCAAUCAACUGCCAUUGAAUUGAAAUGCAAUUGGAAUCACCAUCGCACCUUGACACUUGCAUUGGAUAAUCCCCUGAAACCAAUGUUUAUUGUCUGCUUCUACCCUUCACCCCGGAUUAGCUGCAAUCAUGAUACCCGCCUCCACUCUCGAAAUGCCGGCUACUUCUGCUCCUAUCCCCCUCAGCCAUAGAGAUCCUAACAAACCCUCCAAUCCCCCACAACAAGGAACAAAACGCAAGUCCAAUAGCGCUACGUCUGGCGAAAAGCGGCCAAACAAGACGGCGAAGCACACCGCAAGCAAGAAAGCAGAUAGCGAUGCUCUCCUUGACACAGGUGAUGUGACACUACCUGGCGAGGAUACAGGGAGCAUCCCAGUAUAUGACACGUGUGGAGAGAUCCGGCGCAAGAUGCGAGCUCUCCUUGCGAAGGGGGUUACGCAGGCAGCCCUGAGCCGGGCUCUCUCCAAGAUGCUUCCCGGCAGCCAAGGCCAAGUUACUUCUCGAAAUCUAGGCACCUUCAUGAAGCAGAAACACCUCAUGGAUGGCAAUACAAGCCCAGCAUUUUAUGCCGGGUAUGUCUUCUUUGAAAAGCAGCGCAUCAAGAACGGAAAGUCAAAGACAAAGACACGUCAAGAGAUGGAGGAGGCACAUGGAAAGACAGGCGUGGAUCUAGAUUGGAGUUUCAAGGGUGGCUCCCUUACUCUCUUCCGGAAUGAGCGUGCCCACGUGGAUAAAUAUGGUCGAAUGCAAAUCACGAAACAGUAG